GUUUCAUUUAAGAAAUGGAACAGAAAGAAAGAAGCAUAAGAAAAGCUGAAAAUUAUAUGGAAUUUUCGCUUCAGCAUUAAAUUCAUUUCAAAGAUGUAUAUGCUGAAAUGUGUCAUACCAUAGACAAAAAAAUAAAAAAUAAAAAAUAAAAAAUAAAAAAUAAAAAAUAAAUAUGGAGUUUAACGAUGUUGAUACAUCCAAUCCGGGUAAAGGGAAUGAUCUCCGCGUGCAAAUAUCGAAAUAUUUUCAUUUUCUCGACGAUUGUCAUUUAAGAUUGGGUUGCUAUCUUGCCGGCAACACCGAUAACAGACCCGCAAGCUUCGGUGUCUUCGGAAAAUGUGAGGUCCCUGACAUUGGAUUAUCUGCUUCGAUGCAAACCGCUUGUAUUUUGGGAGCUUGUAAAUUAACCACAUUUUGCGGUGAAAAAACUUUAUAUACCAAAAAUAAACAUGUCAUUAGCGGUCAUUACAGACUGUCAGAAAUAAGGGGGAAAAGCGUUUUCAAUUAUGACGGUCUGGGCCUUGGAUUCAGCUAUAAAUAUACCGAGGAUUAUAGCAUUAAAGUAAUCGCAACAUUCUAUUCAGAUUUCAUACCGAGCGCAAUUGAUGUGGCGGCCAAGAUGAAUCUCUUUAGGACAGAGGAUAAUAGAUCCUCGCUGGACUUUACCGUGAGUGCUGCACGUUAUGUGAGAGGCCAAUAUGCAGGAUUGAACAGCUUCUCUGCUGGUAUAGGAUUUAUCCAACACCUCUAGAUACUUAAAUCAUUUAACUGAUAAUGUUAAAAGGUUUUUAAGUGUCGGGGAAAAUGUAUGAAAAGAGUAAUGUUAUAAAUUUUAAUUUCUGUGGUUAAAAUUUUGGGGAACUAAUGUUUUAAAUAUUUAUUUAUUUUUUACAUUUUAACUAAAUUUUUACAAACGUUUUAAGUGCAAUAUUUAUUGUUUAAGUAAAUACUUAUGCAUAUUUUAAUAUUGUUCAUUAUACCAUUUGUGUACUAAAUUUGAGGUUUGUUUUUUUUUUAAAUAAAAAGUCCUUCAAAUAA